UGGUAUCAGAGCGGUUGUUUACAACCCUAAAUCGUACCUGCUUCCGUUAAAACAUGACGGGAGAACCAAAAGACAAAGACAAGAAUGGAGAUGGAUCCAGCAGCGGGUUCGAUCACAACUCUCCUUUUUAUCUUCAUCCAUCCGACAUACCGAAACAACUUCAUGUCAAUGAAGUACUUACCGACGCAAACUAUUCCGAUUGGAGGCAGGAGAUGGAGAAUUUCCUGUUUGCCAAAAAUAAAUUUGAAUUUGUUGAUGGUACAAUUCAGAAACCAGAAAAGGGAACGAAAUAAUACAUGCCUUAGAUGCGAUGUGACGCUAUGAUCAAGGGCUGGCUCACCACUGCAAUGGAGAAGGGCAUACGCGAUAGUGUGAAAUAUGCUAACACGGCUGCACAAAUCUGGAACGACCUUCAUGAACGUUUUGGAAAAGAGAGUUCGCCAAGAGCAUAUGAGUUGAAACAGAAGAUUGCAGCUACACAUCAAGAUGGUAACUCUGUUUCAGUUUAUUACACAAAAUUACGUACACUGUGGGAUGAAAUAUCCUCAAUUUUCCCUUUUCCAAAAUGUUCCUGUAAAGAUUGCUCCUGUGAAAUUGGUAAACAAUUAGUUGAAUUCCAAGAAAAGGAACGUUUGUAUCAAUUUCUAAUGGGUUUAGAUUCACAAUUUUCGGUAAUUAAAACACAAAUUCUGGCAACAAAACCCAUCUCGUCGAUGGGGGUGGUGUAUCACCUAAUCGCCGAGGAUGAAAGACAGAGGGCUCUAUCUGCCUGAACCGGCUGCGUUCAAGACUUUUCAGAAGGGAGGUGACCCUAAACCGAUGAAUAAAGAAACAAAUCCCAAAUGGGUGAACAAGGAAGUGAAAGAUAAAAGGGACGAGUAUUGUACCUUCUGCAACAAGAGUGGUCACAAGCGAGAUGGUUGUUUCAGAUUGGUGGGAUACCCGGAUUGGUGGCCUGGUAAGAAAACAACAGACAAACCCAAAACCAUGGUGGCUCAUACAGGAAUAGAAGAAAGUCCAAUACAUGAGUUAACUAAAGAACAGUACCAAAUGUUCGUGAAACAUUUUAGUUCCUCAAAGGUUGAUGAUGAGACAAUUCAAAGUGCUAACAUGGCUGAAGCUCAACACAGGGAACUUGAUUGGUGCGGGUAGACGCCAAGGGGGGACUUUACCAGAUGGGGAUGACUCAAGACAGAAGAGCCAUGACAACCAUGACGGACACUUGGCACAGAAGGUUAGGCCAUGCCUCAAAAGAAAAGAUUGCAAGAAUUGAUUUUCUUAAGAACAAUUCAGUUAGUUUGAGUGAAAAGAUUUGUGAUUCUUGUGCUAAGGCUAAAUUAGUCAGAACACCUUUUCCUAUUAGUCGUAAUAAAACCAAUCAUAUUUUUGAGCUAGUUCAUUGUGACAUUUGGGGAGGUUACAAAAUACCUUCAUACACGAAUG